AUGCGCUGGUCGCUCCUCUCGUCCCUCGUCGCCCUCGUCGCCCUCGCCGCGUCGACGGCACGCGCCCACACCAUCGACCUCGACGCAGGCGCCAAAGAGUGCUUCUUCGAGGACCUCCACACAGAGGACAAGAUGACCGUCACGUACCAAGUCGCCGGCGGGGGCCACCUCGACAUUGACUUUUCGCUCACGGGCCCGACCGGCCGCACCAUGAACGAGCAGCGCAAGAAGGACACGGGCACCCACUCGUUCACGGCAGAGUCGGACGGUCGGUUCACCUACUGCUUCUCGAACGAGAUGAGCACCGUCAGCGGCAAGACGGUCAGCUUCAACGUGCACGGCAUCAUGUACGUCGAGGACGACGGCCACACGGCGCCGAUCGAGCGCGAGAUCCGACAGCUGUCGGCCGCGCUCGAGGCCGUAAAGGACGAGCAGGAGUACAUUGUCGUGCGCGAGCGCCUGCACCGCGACACCGCCGAGAGCACCAACGACCGCGUCAAGUACUGGUCCAUUGUGCAGACCGUCCUCCUCUUUGCCGUCUGCGCGUGGCAGGUCUUUUACCUCAAGCGCUUCUUCGAGGUCAAGCGCGCCGUCUGA